AUGGUAGCUAGUCGUAUGCAGAGAUGGGCAAUUAUUUUAUCUACUUAUUCGUUCGACAUCGAGUAUGUCCGUACAGAUGAAAAUGGGGCGGGCGGUUUAUCGCGGUUACCGCUUAAAACUGAACGAAACGUGACAACCCCACCCGAACAAACGUACCUGCAUUUUGUGCAACAAGCUCUGUCAUUAGACUAUAACGAUAUUAAACGGGAGACGUUGCGGGAUCCAUUAUUAUCAAAAGUACUAAGUUAUAUUCGUGACGGCUGGCCAUCACACUGCGAAAUUACUAAUCUUCAACCUUAUUGGAAUAGACACAAAGAAUUAUACGAGGAUCUGGGCUGUAUAAUGUGGGGUCAUAGAUUAGUAGUACCGGAAAAUUGCAGGGACAAAAUCUUGGCUAUGAUUCAUGAACCUCAUAUGGGAAUAGUGAAAUCCAAAGCGCUGGCUCGAAGCUAUGUAUGGUGGGCCGGCAUGGAGGAGGCGGUGGAGCGAGCGUGCCGUGAGUGUAUAACCUGCGCGGCGCAGGCGGAUGCGCCGGCGCGGAACUCGCCGCGAAUGUGGCCCUGGCCCGCACGGCCUUGGAGUCGGCUUCAUUUGGAUUUCAUGGGUCCCAUCGCGGGAAAAAUAUAUUUGGUAGUAGUUGACGCCAUGUCGAAAUGGAUUGAGGUUCAUAAAAUGACGAGUAUCUCUGCCAACUGUUUAAUUGACCGCUUAAAUGAAUUAUUUAGUAGAUUCGGCUUACCUCGACAAAUAGUAACGGACAAUGGAGCACAGUUCACGUCGUCACAGGAGUUCGAAUAUUUUAACAAGCACAACGGCAUAGGGCAUGUUUUUACGGCACUCUAUCACCCUUCCUCGAAUGGUCUGGCGGAAAACGCGAUAAGAACAUUAAAACGGGUAAUAAAAAAGGCGUUGCAAGAUAAUCAAAAUAUAGAUAGGGUGUUAUGGGCAUUUUUAAUGUAUUAUAGUAAUGUCGAACACGCAACAACGAGCGAGUCCCCAGCAAUGCUUAUGUUUGGUAGGCGAAUCCGUACACUAUUGGAUGUCAUCAAACCUGAUAGGGAAGGCCAAGUGCAUCAAGCUCAGCGACGCCAGCAGGACGCGGCCGCAGGAGUGAGUAGGAGUUUCGGCAAAGAGGAAGAAGUAUGGUAUAGGCAAUACUUAAAGGGGGAAAAAUGGAUUCCGGGUCGCAUUGUAGACGUUCUAGGCUCUAGUAAUUUUAAAGUGGAAGGUAAAGAUGGAGAAAUUAUACAUAGGCAUAUCGAUCAGCUGCGUAAACGACAAAGUAACAGUAGACUAUCUCUCGCUUCUACUACGCCCAUUUUGGAUCAACAGUCCACCAGAGAUUCUCAAGAGGUUCAUUGGCCGAUAGGUAGUAGUAGUCCCGCCCGCAGGUCGGAGGGGUCGGCGGAGGCAACUAGCUCGUCCCCCAUAGAGGUCAGAUCAGGAGUAGAUCAGUCUAAGCUAGAGGGGGCUAUUCCGGAGUCACCGGAACGGCAGUUCUCUUUGCCCCUUGGUGCUACACCCCGAGCUUGCCCUGUUAGGAAAUGUAGAUUGAAUAAACCUAGUUAUAAGGAGUAG